AGCUUCCAGAUCACUUAAAUGGAGCUAGAGGACCAAUGGUGGAAGGGACAAGUUGCUGCAGAUAUUUACCAGGCGCUCAGAUAUAAAGAGCUCAAACUGCCUUCCUACAAAGGCCAGUCCCCUCAGCUGAACCUCAGAAGAUACUUUGCAGACCUGAUCGCCAUCAUCAGCAACCGCUUCCAGCUUUGCCCCACAGCCAGACACCUGGCCGUCUACCUACUGGACCUCUUCAUGGACCGCUACGAUGUCACGGUGCAGCAGCUUCAUAUGGUUUCCCUUUCCUGUCUCGUUCUGGCAUGUAAGUUUGAGGAAAGGGAGGACCGUGUGCCAAAGCUGGAAACCUUAAACGGCCUGGGAUGCAUGAGCUCCAUGAACCUAGUCCUGACCAGGCAGGGUUUACUCCACAUGGAGCUGCUUCUGCUGGAAACGUUCAACUGGAAUUUGUACCUUCCCACAGCAGCUCAUUUCAUCGACUACUAUUUGUCUAUUGCUGUCUUGGCUGGAGAUCUGCAUGAUGGCUGGCCAAUGGCCAGUCUGGAGAAGACUAAGCUGUAUAUGAACAAGUAUGCCGACUACUUCCUAGAAGUCUCCUUGCAAGAUCACUUCUUUUUGUGUUUCACCCCCUCGCUGGUGGCUGCUGCCUGCCUGUCCGCAUCGCGCCUCAUCCUCCACCUCUCCCCAAGCUGGCCGCCCCGACUGCAGCGCCUCACGGGCUACGCAUGGGAGAACCUCAUGCCAUGUGUAGAAAAACUACUUAUUGCCCAUGACAGCGAUUUAAAAGAGGCCAACAAGCAGAAGUGCCAACAGCAGCAGCAGCAGGGCCAAACAGCGUUCCACAGCUCUGGCCAGCAGGCCCCUGUGACACAGUACCUUCAACUCCCCUCCAUGCAGUACCCUCAGAAGGCUCCACAGGCCGGCCUGGCUGCGAACCACAGGUCUGGGUCCUACCUCAGCCACUCCACUAGCAGCUUGCAGGGUCCCAAUGGACCCCAGCAUAGCGCCACACAAGCCGCUGCCACUUCCACAGAGUCCAAGCCUAGCAUUCCCAGCAGGUCUUACCCAGUGAGCAUGCACUACAGCUACACUGCGCCAUGCUAUGACGCCUGAUCGCCACAUUUUCAAAUUGCUAGAGAACUAGAUGUAACGGUUAGAUUUGCUUGA